CUAAUUGACGUCGAGAUGCCUGGUCUUGUAUCCCUAAAAACUCCUCCAGACGCUUCACCGCUUCAAAUUCUCGUUCCCAACGGUGAUCGAGAGAUUCACAAUCAUGAAGAAGGUUCAGAAAUCACAAACCCUAGGGUCAGAUCUCCGAUGCCGAAGAGAACACCAUCUCCCUCCUCUUCACGGAAUAAGCCUUUGGCAGACCGCGGCUCCGGCAAGAAGAAAACACCUGAGAAGCCGAAAAUCGACGAAUCCUCUCUUGACAAUCCUGAUCUCGGUCCCUUCCUUCUUAAGCUCGCCCGCGACACUAUAGCCAAUGGAGAGAGCCCGAACAAAGCGUUGGAUUUCGCAAUUCGAGCUUCUAAGUCGUUCGAACGUUGCGCAGGAGAUGGCGAACCGAGCUUGGAGUUGGCCAUGAGCUUGCACGUCGUUUCGGCUAUUUACUGUAGCUUGGGAAGGUUCGAAGAGGCGAUCCCGGUGCUUGAGCGGGCGAUUUCGGUCCCGGAUGUCGCGAGAGGACUAGACCACGCGCUCGCAGCGUUCUCAGGUUAUAUGCAGCUCGGAGAUACGCAUUCCAUGCUUGGUCAGCUCGACAAAUCGAUUGCCUGUUACGAUGCUGGGUUGAAGAUCCAGAUGGAAGCUUUGGGUGAGUCAGAUCCGAGGGUCGCAGAAACUUGCAGGUACUUGGCUGAGGCCCAUGUCCAAGGUAUGCAAUUUGAUGAAGCUGAAAAGCUAUGCAAGAAGACCCUUGAUAUCCACCGUGAGCACAGUGCACCAGCAUCCCUUGAAGAAGCUGCUGAUCGCCGGUUAAUGGCUCUAAUAUGUGAAGCUAAGGGAGACUAUGAAUCUGCCCUUGAGCACCUCGUUCUUGCCAGUAUGGUUAUGAUUGCCAAUGGCCAAGACAAUGAGGUUGCUGCAAUUGAUGUUAGCAUUGGUGACAUUUAUCAGUCUCUCAGCCGCUUCGAUGAGGCUGUCUUCUCCUACCAGAAGGCCUUGACUGUAUUCAAAUCCACCAAAGGUGACAAUCACCCUUUGGUCGCAUCAGGCUUUAUACGCCUUGCUGACCUCUACUACAAGACAGGCAAGCUUCGGGAGUCCAAAUCCUACUGUGAAAGUGCUUUGAGGAUAUAUGCAAAACCUGUUCCCGGAACUACAGCAGAGGAGAUAGCAAGUGGGCUCACAGAAAUCUCAGCUGUGUAUGAAGCUGUAAAUGAACCUGACGAAGCAUUGAAGCUCUUGCAGAAGGCAAUGAAGUUGUUAGAAGAGAUACCAGGGCAACGAAGCACAAUUGCAGGGAUAGAAGCACAAAUGGGUGUAAUGUACUAUGUGGUUGGUAGGUAUGUAGAGGCUAGAUACUCUUUUGAAAGUGCUGUGGAGAAGCUUAGAGCCAGUGGGGAGAGGAAAUCAGCCUUCUUUGGGGUAAUGUUGAACCAGAUGGGGUUGGCUUGUGUGCAGCUGUAUAAAAUAGAUGAGGCUGCGGAGUUAUUUGAAGAAGCAAGGGGGAUACUGGAGCAGGAGUGUGGUCUGUAUCAUCCAGAUACUCUUGGUGUAUAUAGUAAUCUUGCAGCAACCUAUGAUGCCAUGGGCAGGGUAGAUGAUGCAAUAGAGAUCUUGGAGUACAUUCUCAAGGUUAGAGAAGAAAAGCUUGGAACAGCGAAUCCUGAUGUUGAUGAUGAGAAGAAGAGGCUUUCUGAUCUCCUUAAAGAAGCAGGGAGGAAUCGGAAUAGAAAAGCUAAAUCACUUGAAAACCUUCUUGGUUCUAGCACUCAGAGAAUUAAGAAAGAGGUAACAAAAAGAUGGUCAGGCUUGGGCUUCAAAACUUGACAAAGCAUCCUCGCUUCCUCUAAUUACUCGGUUUCUGUAACAUACAAGAAAAUUGUGUAAAGGGUCAAAGUUGUGCUUCAUAUUUCUUUAGAUUCAUGCCAUACAGGGUCAGCCAUGAUUUCGUGUCAUAUUUUUUU